CACACAGCUCGCACCGCACCAACUCUCUUCGCUGUCAUCCCUCCCCGCACAUCCUUUGCAGCCAUGUUCUCCCGUCUGCCCACAGUCGUCGCAUUCGCUUCCCUCGCAGUCCUUGCGGUCGCCACCCCCAUGGAGGUCAAGCGCGGCGGCGCGCCUCCUCCCGUCACCAAGACCGUCACCGUCACCGCACCGGCGGCGACCCCUACCGGCGGCUCGUGCUCUACCGGCCCCAUCCAAUGCUGCAACUCCGUUCAGAGUUCUAAGUCCGACGCCGGUAGCCUGCUUUUGGGCCUGCUCGGGAUUGUCGUGCAGGGCGUCGACGUCCUCCUUGGCGUUGGCUGCUCUCCGAUCAGCGUCAUCGGCGUCGGAGGCGGCAGCUGCAACGCGAACACUGUGUGCUGCCAGAACAACAACGUAGGCGGCCUGAUCUCCAUUGGCUGCGUCCCGAUCAUCCUCUAAGGGAUGAGCAGCGACGAGAUCACCGGAGUAGGGUGCACACGUUGGGGAGUAGAGAUUGAAUAUCUCGAGGAACGCUAUGUAGCUUUGAUGUCUAGCUGAAAUCUGAUUCCAAUAUGUUUCCCG